AUGGCGACUCAAAUGCAGCUCAGAGGCGUGCUCAAGGGGCACGAAAACUGGGUCACGUCCAUCGCGACUCCGUUGGAUAACUCUGACAUUCUCUUGUCGUCCUCGCGAGACAAGACGGUGAUCCUUUGGAACCUGACGCGCGAGGAAGAGAACUACGGUUACCCGCGCCGAUCGCUUCACGGACACUCGCACUUCGUGCAAGACGUCGUCAUCUCCUCGGACGGGCAAUUCGCGCUCUCGGGGUCUUGGGACGGCACCCUUCGAUUGUGGGACCUUAACACCGGUACCACCACCCGACGCUUUGUCGGACACACCAAGGAUGUCCUUUCGGUGGCUUUCUCCGUGGACAACCGCCAAAUCGUCUCCGGCUCCCGGGAUAAGACGAUCAAGUUGUGGAACACGCUCGGCGAGUGCAAGUACACGAUUCAAGACGCCGACGCGCACUCCGAGUGGGUGUCGUGCGUGCGCUUCUCCCCGGUCACCUCCAACCCGAUCAUCGUGUCUGGGGGCUGGGAUAAGCUCGUCAAGGUCUGGAACCUCACCAACUGCAAGAUUCGCACCAACCUUGUUGGUCACACCGGCUACAUCAACGCCGUCACCGUCUCUCCGGACGGUUCCUUGUGCGCCUCCGGCGGCAAGGAUGGCGUCGCCAUGCUUUGGGAUCUCGGCGAGGGCAAGCGAUUGUACUCCCUCGAUGCGGGUGACAUCAUUUACGGCUUGUGCUUCUCCCCCAACCGCUACUGGUUGUGCGCGGCGACCGAGUCCUGCGUCAAGAUUUGGGACCUCGAAUCCAAGUCCAUCGUCGACGAGCUCCGCCCGGAGUUCCCGCCGGUUGGCAAGAAGUCCCAACAACCGUACUGCACCUCCCUCCAAUGGUCGGCGGACGGUUCCACCCUCUACACGGGCUACACCGAUAACGUCAUUCGCGUUUGGUCGGUCGGUUCCGUGGGCACCGGCAUGAUGUAAGCGGCUCACGCUUACUGGCUUUCGUUCACGUUCUUAGCAAAUAGCGAGACUGUGUAAUUGAACGAAGCAACGCCUGCUCAAA